CACUUGAUGAAGGCCUCCAUGUUUAAACCAAACCUCUCAGUCCUUCUCUGUCAGCUGCUGUCAUGGCGGAGUCCCGCAGAGUUGAGUUCACCACUUUAUCCUGUGAUUCACCUUCUUCCUCCUCUUCCUCCUCCUCCUCCACCUCCUCUUCCUCCUCCUCAGACCUUCAGGUCCGGAAGUCUCCCUCAGGUUCGGUCCUGCAGGCGGAUGGAACCCGUCCGGACAGAACCACGGUUCGUCUGGUCCUCAGCUUGUUUGAGUCCGAUGAGAGCAGGUUCCCAGAGUUCAGCUUCACUCAGCUCACACAGAACAAGCUCAAACGCUCCAAAGUUGAAGGUCCACUCUUCACAUCGGAACAGAAAGAAAAGAGAGAGACUGAUGAAGUCGCUGCCAUUGCAAGAAAACUUGAAGAAAAAUAUCCAAACAAAAAGGAGGAUCGCAUUCAGGACCUGAUUGAUAUUGGAUUCGGUUACGAUGACGAAGAUUCUUUCAUCGACAACUCGGAGGCUUACGAUGAAUUUGUUCCAGCCUCCAUCACAACAAAGUUUGGUGGAUUCUAUGUGAAUUCGGGGGUGCUGCAGUUCCGCCCGUCCUCUGACACCGAGACCAUCGACCUCACGACAGAGGACACCUCGAAGAAACGUAAACUCCAUGGCGGACAGGAUAAGCCGAAGAAGAAGCCGUGCAGAGAAGACGGAGAGAUGAAAAGUAACGUGGACUCCAAGUCGAGCACUUUAUCUGAAAUUGGACCCGACAACGAGAUGAAGCAGAGAAAGAAGAAAAAGGGCGUCUGCACUUUGAGCGUCACAAGCAUGCUGAAGAAGUUUCAGAGGGAGAAGGAGAAGAAACGACAGAAACUGGUGAAGGGGAAACAGAGGGCAGCAGGGGUCACGGGUUUACCCACGAUCCCUCGGUGCCCGGCAGAUGCGGCCGGCGGUGGAGGCUCCGGACUCGCGGAUCCCCUCCUCAGUUUAAUCGGAUCCACCAACGACCACGUCCUCAUCCAAGCAGCCAGCACCGUGGACUUUGAUAUAGAUUUGGUUUCUCUAUUAGACAGUGAAGAGACUUUGUCUUCGGUUCCUCAACCGGCCACAGAAACGCAGCUUUUCCAACCCACAAUAAACGAUCACACCCAGUUCACUGUUCCUCAACCUCCAAACACAAAGACUCAUUUUCAGCCGAAGACUCAUCCAGAGCAAAUCCAGCUCCUGUCAGAGGCCGGUUCGUCACAGCUGUGCCCCCCCCUGCCAGAGGGGCUCCCCCCCGCACUGGAGGACAGUGUUAGGACACUCAUGACGGUUGUCAAGAUCUCCGAGGGAGAAUCGAAACUCAAGUUCUUCACUCCAGAGAUCAACUCCAUCCUGCUCGAGAUUGAGCUGCAGUGCCGGGGACAGACCGGCCAGCUGCGUUCCAGGUUGUACACACACCUGUCGUCUUUCCUGCCCUGCAGCAGAGAAACGCUCCUCAAACGUGUGAAGAAACUGCUGCUCGCACACAUGGAGGAACCCCCUGACGUGGACGACCCCCUCCAGAAACUGAAGGAGGCCAUCGCCAAAGCUAUGCCUGAGCAGAUUGCCAGCUACCGCACGAACUGCCAAGCCUACGAACAAGUCAAGACGUCAAAGACAACAGAGGACGGGAGUGAGGUCAAUCAGAGCGUUCACGUGGCCCCAGAGGACAGUGUGAAGAGAGGAGGUCCGAAGAAACUGUUCAGAUGGAACGAGGAGAUCAGGGAGUGUCUGUGUCAUGUGUUGAGGCUGAAAAUGGACAGAUAUGAAAAGGAGAGGAACGGGAACCAGGAGGUGGAGGAGUUCCUCAAGACACUGCUGGACAAUGAGGUGAAACCACUUUGGCCCAAGGGUUGGAUGCAAACUAGGGCACUGAUACGGGAGAGCAGGAAACUAUUGGGCUUCUUCCCCUCAUUGCCGGUAAAGAAGACCAGACCAGAUAAGAAGCAGUCAUCCACCGGCGGUGCCUCCACCGUGUUGGACGUUCUCCAGGGAGCUCCACCACUGAAAGAACUUCCCCAAGACCCGGAGGUCUUUCCUGUCACCUCAAAUACUUCCAACCCUAUCCCACUUGAUGUUUGGAAGAAGGAAGCUGCUCCCUUGAAAAGUAUGGAGGCUAAAAAAGGAGGAGGGGUGACUGUGGUUGCUGGUUCCUCUACACCUGCAGAGUCCGGCGAACCUCUGGUCAGCGCCGCCUCUGCUGCUCCGGCUCAGUCGCUUCUGGAUCUCCUUGCCGAUCAGGCCUUGGCUCGAGAGCAGCCUCUCGCGAUCUCCCAGGAGAUCCUGGCAGCGGCCAUCGCUAAAUACCAACGCUCGGGUCAGCACUGGAGCUACGCCGUGGACACCAAGAGACCGCCUCCACCCCCCCAGUCCAGCCCGGUGAAUUUCCCGGUGAGCAGGGUGUGUCAGGUGGUUCUGCCCCAGCCAGGAGACUUCACCAGGAAUUUGGACGUGCAGAUAAUUUCCGAUGAUUCUUGCAUCACCAUACAAUGACUCCUCCCACUGCUGAUUUACUCACAGUAAGUUCAGUCAUUUUCAAUCUGUAGUUCUCAGUUGAAGAGUUGUCGUCGUGUUGUAUUUAAAUUGUGUUUUGGAAUAAAAGAAUAAUCAUGUUUUUUUUGUUUUUUUUCUUACCUUAAAGAGAUUAGUUGCACUUUUACCAGUAAAAACACAAAUGAACUCUAAAGACUUGAUGUUUGCUCAGUGAACCUCUGACGGUAAAUCACCUGUAACUCUGACUUGUGUUUGAAAUGUAAAUGAUUUACUUUGAAAUAAUAAUAAAGAGAUGCAUAUAUAACCACA